UUAAAAGCAUCAGGCUCAGAUGAGUCCAUAUCUGUGUAUGUGGGUGAAGACGUGACUCUGAACUGCUCUGUCACACCUGAACACAUUGAAGAGGUUUCAUGGAAGAAAACAGAUGAAGAUAUUCUGGUUCUGCUCUACCAAAACAAUGAAACUAUACCAGGUUCAUCAGAUGAGCGAUACAGAGACAGAGUUGAGUUCUUCACUGAUGAAAUCCCCAAAGGAAACUUCUCUCUCUCAGACUGAAGAGUGUCAGAACUGAGGAUAAAGGAGUUUACAUGUGUCAAGUGUUUGCUGGAGGUCUUUCAGCCAAUGCAACUGUAGUACUGGAGAGACUGGGUUUCUCUGUUUCACACAUAAUGGUGUUGAUUCUCUGUAUUUCUGCAUCUGGAUCUGCACUUGUGCUCUGCUGUCUGAUCUACUGCACUUCACAAAAUAAAGGUUUCCUUGUGCAACAUUCUUGUAACCAGAUUUUUCCGCGAGGUUCAGUGGUUUUGCCUUGUUAUAUUGACAAACACUUAUUAAAGAAAAGUCUGAAGGUGGAAUGGAGAAGAACUGACUCAGAGACUCUGGUUCAUCUGUAUCAAGAUGGUGAGAGUCGACAAGAGGCCCAGCAGGAGGAGUAUCAUGAUAGAGCUCAUUUCUUUACUGAUCAGAUUCAACAUGGAAACGUCUCCCUCCGUCUGGACAAUCUGAGAGCUGAAGAUGAGGGAAAAUACACAUGUAAAGUUUACAGUAAAAGGAGAUCUGUGUUUUCAACUGAAACUUAUUUGGAACAGAGACUACCAGAGACAGUCUUUCAUCUUCAGAUGUUUCUAGUCUUCAGUCCAAAUAUUCUGAUGUUUCUUGCUUUUGUUCUUUGGGGUGUUUCUGAAGGAUCUCUGAACGAAACAGUCUCUUGUUGUGCUCUUUAUUCUCUGAGGCCUCUCAUGUUGCUCUGGGCGGCUCCAUAUGUAAAUGAGUUCACAGGCAAGAUCAAAACAUUUAUUCAAAAUAACAGUUAUGACACAGAAUACAUUGUUUUGUCAACUGUUUUUUAUUCAGUCCUGUUUAAAUCUGUCUGGGACAAAAGUCUAAAUUACACUGGAUUUGAAGGUGUUGUGAUUAUAGUCCUCUUUGUGAUAGUACUCCUGCUAAACCUCAUCUAUAUUAUUCUAUUGUUGGCCAGAUUCAUUUGGAAAUUAAGCCAACAGAUGAUUACAAUUUUCAGGGUUCUGGCUAGAAUAAGCUUUGAUGUUUUACCUUCACUACAAUUCCUACUCCUGUUCUUCGCCUUUGGAUCUGCCAGAGCAGGAUUCAUAACUGUUGCAGUUUUACCAGUGUUCCUCACAGUGACAAGAUACGAUUGGGAUCUUACAUGUGGGAAAGAGAUGCUCUAUCGUGUCGGAUGGGCCUGUAUGAUUGCAUUUCUUCAGUUACUGUGGGCAGUGAUAAACUUCACAUGGUCAUUUAAAUGGGAUUUGUACCGUAUUGUUCCCGUGUAUGUGUUUGGAUCAGUUGGUGUUGUUUUACUGAACUCUGUUACACUGAUGACUGAACUGAUACUGAAAACAGUUAAUGGUGAUGGAGCAGUUGGAGAUCUGAGAAUCGUCGUCUUUUCCUUUGAAAUCCUCUUUACUUUAUUUCUGAUGAUUUUACUGGUAUUUGAACCCUGGAUGAAAAUGUGUCUGCAAUCAUGCCAGAAGGCAAUAAGGUCUCCUCAGACUCUAGCUACUGCAUCACAGAAUCUGCGUUCUCAGAAUGCAGCAGGAUCUGAUGAAGCUCCAUCCACUGGAUCAAACCAGAACCGGAACAAAGCAGAUUCACAUGAAAUGAAAACUCUCCUAAAGACUGAUGAUCUGGAAGAAAGUCUGCUAGAUUCAGUCGAAUCACAAACAUAAUCAACUAUGAGAGAAAAAGACUCUUUUCUUAAACUCAUGAGCGCUGACAGCGUUCAAACUGACAUCAGUGUUGUUCUUCGUUGUUAUUUAAAUUAUUUUGUACUGUGAGGUCUUUUUUUUUUUUGGCUUUUGUAAAUAGCUUUAAAUAUUUUUGCAGUAGGACUAUGUAUUUGUAACACAGAUGUUGAUUUAAACCAUCAGAAACAAUGAGUUUGGAUAUUAACCAGAACCAAACUAUACAGUAAAGUUCAGUUCAUUUACUGAUGGAGCUCAGAUGGCUUCUUCAGUGGUUUCUUGGCUGAUCUGAGAGCAGUUGUACAGUGUUCAGGUCAGGGUUUCCUCAGCUCUGUUUAUGUCUAUAGGCCUGUCAAAAGUCCAAUGACACUAAUUUUUCAUUCAAAUAUGCACAAAAAAAUGCAAUCAAAUCCAAUUCAAUACCAUAGGGGGAUAGAAUAUUGUUUGUACAGAAUAAAAACCAUGAUGUCUAUGGAA